AUGGUUAAUUUUACAAUUCGGAGAUGCAUUUCAUCUUUCCAUCUUCUAAUUCUCCAUUUCCUGAUCGUAUCUUCAGCAAUCGCGUCCUCUUUCUCUCAUCAAACCCUAACCAAUAACCCCGAUUUCGAUCCUGAAAUUGCGCUUCUGGGUGACGCAGAGGUCGUCAAUGGUGGCUCUCACGUGCAACUCACUCGCCCAUUUGCACAAAGCUCCGGGCUUCUCUGCUACAACAAACCCUUCAAGUUCAUGGAAGGGAAAGGAAAUCUCGCCAAACCGACGUCGUUUUCCACCGCAUUCUCGUUCUCGAUGUCUCCCGGUAAUGGUGAUGGUCUAACUCUUGUCUUUAUCCCUCAUAGUUUCGCCUCAAAUUUUGUGGGUCAAGGCUCGUUUGGGCUUUCGGGUGAAAAUAAGUAUCUGGGUAUUGAAUUUGAUACUAAAAAGGAUGAAAAAGUAGCUGAUUUGAAUGCGAAUCAUGUUGGUCUUAACGUGGGUAGUCUUGUGUCUGUUAGUAUUAGGAAUGCAUCAUCAAUGAAUUUGGUGCUUAACAAUGGAGAGAAACUGAAGUCCUGGGUUGAUUAUAAUCCAAGCUCCAAAAACUUAGAAGUUAGGCUGAGUAAACUAGGUGAAGCUAGGCCUUCUAAUCCGUUUCUUGCAUAUAAUACUGAUUUGCUAGAAAUGUGGCGAGAUGAAAACGUGUUUGUGGGUUUAGUUUCGACAAGUACCAAGACAUCACAGACUACUAGUGUUUAUUCUUGGAGGUUUAGGUUGAAAAAAUUUCCUACUUGGAUGCAUUCAAUGCCAGUUGAUCCUCGUAGUUACAUAGCUGGAGGUGAUGAGAAAUUAAGAGCAAAAGAGAGGACCUUUUGUCCUUCAAAAAUUCUUGGUGGGUUGAUUUUUGCAACUGGAUGUGGGGCAUUAUUGGCCUUCGUGUUGCUGUUUGCUUGGGCAAUCUUUGUUGGUAGACACAUGGUGCUCUCCAUGGAUGGUCCUAUGCAUCCAGCUGACUUCAGGUAUGAAAAGAUCUCUAUAGUUGUAGAGAAAGAUGGUGAAGAAUCUAAGGACCAGAGAAUGAAGUAA